AUGAAGUUCUCCGUCCUCGCACCCAUCGUUGCCCUAGCGCUGGCUCCCUCUGUUUCUGCCUGGCGCGUGUACUUCUAUCAGCUUCAAAACGAACAAGGCCCAUACAUCACGAACAGCGGUCCAGGAGGCACCGGCUCAAGAUGCCACAGUGUGGGAGAUCUGAACCAGAAGAUUUCGUCAAUGAGAUACUAUUCCGACAAUGCUGAGGGCACUACCCGGUGCUGCAUUCAGCUCUUCGAUAGCCCCGGUUCUCUUACAAGACGAUUUGCAAUCCCCUUUAGGCGGGACGUUAGGUUGCUAGUGAGGUGUUUUCCACGUGAGGGAAUCAAUGGGACGACUGUAUUUGACGCCCUAGGAAGUCAUGCGAUCUAUGCUGAACACUGUUAA